GAACUGUCUCACAUGCAGUCCACCUUCUCCCACUUGAGAGACAACGCAUAGGCGCACCCGGACGAGUCGAACGAGAAUCGUUACGGUAUGGCGCAGCGUACUGCCAGGAUGGGUAAGGUGGCUGAUUAUGGUAGUCCUCCAAAAACGAAGAUGAGCCAAAUCAACUCAUGUCGGGAAGCGAUGUUUGGCGAACGAGCGCGGAAAUGGGCAUUCUUCUUCAUUGUCGGAUUUUUGGCAUGUUUGACAAUCAAGGAUGUUGUUGACUUGGUAAUGGAAUACUGCGAUAAUCCGAAGGACUCAGAUAUGAACAUCGUAUUCAACGAUUCGAUGACUAUGCCAAACAUCACAUUUUGCAUGUCGAAAGAACAAGCAUGGAGUCAUUUCAAACUCAACACUAGUGCAUCGACGGACGAAUGGGAUACAAUAGUAGAGGAAGGGUUUGCGAAUAUGACCGAUCAUGACAGCUUUAUGAAAGCCAUGUGGGACUACCGCUUAGUGAUGGAGGCUUACGAUAUGAUCGCUACCUACAAUAGUCUGGAAAGGGAAACAACGGCACAUGGUUCAGCACGAUCUAUCAAUAUUUUCCGAGUCUCACCGCGAUUAGCUGGGAAGCGGAAAACUUUCAAGAAAUGGAUGGAAGUACUAGAUUCGCGGAAUGUUACAUUUGAAGAAUUUACACAAAAGACUGGAACGGAAGUACUGCGACGGUCUAUGCAACGAUUUCAACGAACCACCCGAAACGAAGAUUUGGUGAUCAAGACCAAACUAAGAACAUCCUGGAUCUCACAAAUGCAGCUCUGCUUUCAACCACUGUUCGAUACCGAUAAUUUCUACGAUAUUGAAGAUCAGGGCAACUUCUUCACUAUGCUCUUAUCACACAAUGCCGAAAAUCUCGAAGGCGAACAUACCGAAUGUAUGAGUGUAGACUUCCACGGACGUCCCUCAUCACUCAAUCGCUUUAUGGAAGGUAAAGGAAGAGCGAGAGAUGGAUUCACAUUUGAGCUAUGCCCUGGUCAACGACAUGAGGUUACUGUAGAAGUUCGCGCGCACUACCAGAUGCUGGAAAAUGAUGAACCAGGAAAAGCCUGUCGUGAUGUGGAAGAUAAUGAGGAUAGCGAAUUCGAUUGUAGAUCUCGGUGCCGCAUGGAAAUGAUUCGAGACAUGUGCAAAUGCACAGCAUUAUCGCUCAGCUACUUGGCGAAAGAUGAUCUGGACAAAUUUCCACUUUGUGACUACACAAAUUGCGAAGUCGAUGUCCAAAAGGGUAACUACUCCGAUAGCGAAUGCACAAGUCGUUGCUUCCGUGAUUGUAAACAGAUCCGAUAUGAGAUCGAUCAUGAAAAUCAAGGAAGAAUGCUUCGACCGGAUUUAACGCUAAUAAAUUUAAACUGGGGAUCGUUCGAAUACCUCUCCAUGGAACAACAAUGGAAGUACUCGAUAACAGCAUUCAUAGCCGCACUUGGAGGAUCAAUCGGGAUGUGGCUGGGACUAAGUAUUCUAUCUCUUAUACAGGGAGGAACAUAUCUAUACUCAUACUUUGCGAAGAAAGUUGUGAAAGAGAAGUUGCUGAAAAAGAUUUCGCAGCAGCAUAAUGGAAGAGGAAGUAGGCUUUCCGACGUCGAUGUGCCUCGAAAGAAGCUAUCACUCGCCGCUAACCCCUUCGAAAAUCCAUUCCAUGCACCAUCACCCAGCCCGAGUUACGAGCUCAACGAGGUAUCACCACCCGGCUACAGUCGUAGCCCGAAUCCGACAAAAAUACAGGUGGAGCAUUAGCGAACACUACGACUUCAGGAAAUCACAUGUGUUAUGAUCUUGCCCAAUUGAUAUCACUUAUUUCCUCACGAGAUUUGCAUAGAUACCGGUGAAAAUUGUUUUUUACUGAUCAAUUGUUAUUCCAGUCACGGUUGUGGAUUCUCUUUACGACUUUUAUGCAUAAACUUCAUAC